CAUCUUCAAUCCCUCCACCGACACCCAACCCCACCCCCACAGGCGGCCUCCCCUAACCCCAUCACCACCGGCGACCUCCCUCCCUUGCUCCUCAACCCAACCCAGCCCUGAUUCGAUUCAGUUCAGAGACAAACCCCCUCCCACAUCCCCGCCGCUGCCACACACUGCCAAUCCCCUCACUCCACCACGCCUUCUUCCUGUCCCGAUUCCCGGACGGGCGUCGACACGGCCAGCGUCAAGAUGUCCAUGAACCCCUUCUGCGAGAUUGCCAUGGAGGAGGAGUUGCGGCUCCGCGAGGCCGGCGCCGCCUCUGAGGACGUCACCGCCACAGUCAGUCCCGCGCAGGCCACCGACAUGCUACGCACCACGCUCGCCAUGGGCGCCGACCGCGCCGUCCACGUCCUCCACGACCACGACCCCGCCUGCCCGCUCCUCCCGCUCGCCGUCACCAAGAUCCUCCGUGCCCUCGCGCUCCAGGAGACCCCCGGCCUCCUCAUCCUCGAGUGCUCCCUCCAGGUGAAGUCUCCCACCGCAGCGCCAGGGGAUUCGUCUCCGAGGACGAGUUCCUCUCCAUCCCGGAGUUCUCCACCACCCCGCUCUCCCAGAGGUUGCUACGUAUGGUUGAUGGAUUGAACUUCAAGGAAUUUGUUUCUUUUCUCUCUACCUUCAGUGCAAGGGCCAACCUUCAGCAAAAGAUUGAGUUGAUAUUUAAGGUGUAUGACAUUGAUGGCAAGGGGAAAGUAUCCUUCAAGGACAUGGUAGAGGUUUCAAGGGACCUAACAGGCUCAUCCAUGUCAGAGAAACAAAGAGAG